AGACAGAUGUCUGGCAAUAACUGCAGUGCUGUGACUGAAUUCAUUCUUUUGGGGUUAACAGAUGAUCCAAUCCUUCGUGUCAUCCUCUUUGUGAUAUUUUUGAGUGUCUAUGCUGUCACCUUACUUGGUAACCUUAGCAUAAUCACAUUGAUCAGAAAUAACUCCCAACUUCACACUCCAAUGUACCUUUUCCUCAGUCACUUGGCUUUUGUGGACACUGCAUACUCCUCGUCUGUCACACCUGUUAUGCUCAAGAACUUCCUUGUGAACAAAAUCACAAUCCCUCUGGAAGGCUGUGUGGCCCAAAUGUGCUGUGGAGCUACCUUUGGGACAGCUGAGUGCUUCCUGCUGGCUGUGAUGGCCUAUGAUCGGUAUGUGGCCAUCUGUAACCCCCUACUCUACUCCACCAACAUGUCUACUAAGGUCUGUGCCCUGUUACUCAUCACAUCAUACUUUGGUGGUUGUGUAAAUUCUUGGAUUGCUGCUGGUUGCUUAUUAAAUAGGUCCUUCUGUGGACCCAGUAAGAUCAAUCAUUUUUUCUGUGAUUAUUCACCACUUUUGAAGCUUUCCUACUCCCAAAAUAAUCUUGCUGAAAUUCUUCCUGCUGCCUCUACUGGGUUAGUGAUUGUGAUCACAGUGUUAAUUAUCAUAAUCUCUUAUGUGUACAUCCUCUUCUCUGUCCUGAAGAUAAAGUCCACUGAAGGGAGAUCCAAAGCAUUCUCAACUUGUGCUUCCCACCUUACAGCAGUCACUCUGUUCUAUGGAACUACUACAUUCAUUUAUAUGGUGCCUAACUCCAGCUACACAACAGAUGAGAACAAAGUAUUGUCUGUUUUCUACAUUGUAAUCAUCCCUAUGCUGAACCCUCUGAUCUAUAGUCUAAGAAACAAUGAAUUAAAAGGAGCCUUGAGGAAACUAAUGAGUAGGAAACAUAUUUUUUCAUGA